AUGGAAUUCCCCUAUAUCGAACAGCUUUGUGAGCAGUCGAAAAAAGGAGAUUUGGAAAGCAUCCGCCGUUUGUUGUACGAGCACAGAAAGGACUUUGAUGAGGGUCACAUCAAGGAAGCAAUGAAAAAGGCGUUAUUUGUAGCUUCUGAAUUUGGACUUCUGGAGAUCCUUUGGUUUUUUGUGAACUAUGGAGUCAAUGUCACUGUCAGAGAUAAGGAUGGGGUAAAUAAUCAGACUUAA